UCAAGAUGAACAGCAAGAGUACUGUGGAGAACUCCUUGUGCAGAUCCGACGAUCUCAACGUCGAACUCACCCUCGGAGUCUCUCCGUCACGUCACGUGUCGAACCCUCCCUCCUCCUCCUCUUCUUUGCUGCCGCCGCCGCCGCCUACACUGCAGCAACAGCCGCACCAGUAUUCGCAGACUAACUUGCCGCCGCCUUUCCCUCCCGUCUUGCAUGUUCCUCGUCGUUACACGGUCAUCCCUCCUCCCACCAAUCCUGCCGCUGCUGUUGCUUCUUCUUCUUCUGCUUCUGCUUCGCCUCGGUCGGGCGGGGGACGCACACGGCGCAACCCCACCCAGGGGCCGAGGAGCGGCAAGAGCGACUCCAUCAAACCAAUCUUUCCAUGGUCCACCGAUCGUCGGGCCACCGUCCACAGCCUGAGUUACUUGCUCUCCCAUGACCUCAAGGAGGUAUACGGGGAUGCGCAGUGCAAGCGGUGCGAGGCGCGGAGGAUAAUCAGGUACGACCUGGAGUCCAAGUUCCGGGAGGUGGCGUGUCGCAUCGCGGCGACGAGGCACCUCAUGCACGACCGGGCGCCGGCGGAGUGGAUGAACCCGACGUUCCCGGACUGCGACGCCUGCGGGCAGCCCAACUGCAUGCGGCCGGUGGUGGACGGGAAGAAACGCAACAUCAACUGGCUGUUCAUGCUGCUGGGGCAGACGUUGGGAUACUGCACGCUGGAACAGCUCAAGUAUUUCUGCAAGCAUACCAAGAACCACCGCACCGGCGCCAAGGACCGAGUGCUCUACCUGACUUACCUCGGCCUUUGCAAGCAGCUGGAUCCGAACGGCCCAUUCGAUCUCUGACAGCUCGCUCUUCACAGAAGCCU